CCAAAUAAUCGUUCCUCAAAACAGUCGGCAGUUUAUUUGUGUCGUUAGAAAACCGUCUUUGGAGAUUUGGUGUUUCCUCUUCGGGAUUAGUGAAUAAGCUGGACGAACGUUCCGGAACUUCGUAUACUGAUGAGCUUGGACACGCUCGAGUCCAGUUCAGCCAGCCCGUAUGCCCACGGUAAACAAUGGCGUCGACGGGCAUCGUCGGAGCCCACGAAUCAAACCAAUUGCCGAAACUCCCGCCCGAUGACUAUCGUCAACUACAAUCGGCAGGAGUCAUUUGAUUUGUUCACUUCACCUGGAAGCCCUUAUCACAUUCGGAAACCCGUAGCAGUCGAACGAAACGAGCGUAGCCGAUUAUGGGUAGAACAGCAACAGCGGCAACAACUAAAACCACUUGGUGACAGUGAUUGGAAGGGCAGUCAGGAGUCUGAUAUACAUUUGGACGACACACAUCUCGGUCAUCAUAAUCAUCAUCAUCAUCAACACAGUCAUCAUCAACAGCAUCAAAAGCAUUACCAUCAUCAUGUGCAGCAUCCUAGUACUACAUUCCAUGGAGACGCCGACGAAGCCGUUGGAUUCCACCCACACGAGGAACAAUUGCAAUUUCCUAUAAUCCUGCAAAGUGCUCGAAAUAUGCAACAUAUUCGGCAACGACUGAGGCGAGAUCCCGAGCAUCAAGGAAGGCGUGCCAUUCGAUCAACGCGGGUCAUCAACAAGGCCGGCGAACGGAACGUGUUGUUUCUGCACCUGCCACAGAAGUCGGUCCGGUUUGUAAAGGAUCUCGUCACGACGCUAGUGGAAGAACAAUGGCGCUACACGCUGACCGUUUUCGUACUGAGCUUCGUCAGCAGUUGGAUUCUGUUCGCCAUCCUGUGGUAUCUGAUAGCAUACGCUCACGGGGAUUUGAGUUUCGAUCCGGAAACUGGUAAACGUCUGGGAGACGGCACAUUCCCAUGCGUGGAGGGUGCCACCACGUUCGUGGCGUUUUUGCUAUUCAGUAUUGAAACGCAAGUUUCCACUGGAUACGGCGCAAAAACUCCCACCGAGGAGUGUCCGGAAGCGUUGUUUCUAUUGAUAGUACAAAUCAUAGUCGGUUUAGUAAUAGACGCCGCCAUGGUUGGAAUCGUUUACGCUAAGAUGGUACGACCACCGAAGAAAAUUUCCGACAUGAAGUUCAGCAAAAAAGCUGUGAUUUGUCAGCGCGAUGGGAAGCUUUGCUUCGUCUUUCGAUUGUGUGAUCUCAAGCAUCAGCACGCGAUUGAAACCAAAAUAUAUGCCGUCAUGCUGGAACAGCGCCGUUCCUUGGAGGGGGAACUAAUCGAAAAACACGAAUCGGUCAUGCAGCUGGAGAAUAACGGUCGUAUUCUGCUGAUGUGGCCAGUUACGGUUUGUCAUGUGAUUGACAGCGACAGUCCACUUUUUGACAUCUCGGCCAAGGAUCUUCUACAGAAGCGGUUCGAAAUUGUGGUAACGCUAAGCGGUGGAACAAUGACCACCGGGCAGGUGAAUGAAGCGAGGACAUCCUAUCUACCAGGAGAAAUUUUCUGGGGUCAUCGAUUUGUGAACAUUAUUCAUUACGAUAGGACCCACGACCAUUAUGUUGCCGCCAAUGAACACAUGGAUUCCAUAGAACCUGUGGAUACGCCACUUUGUAGUGCAAGGCGAAUGAAAGAGGUACUUGAUGAAGUGCAACAAUAUAUGGAAAAUGACCGACAGAGGGAGUUUGAUGGAUUGGAAUGUCGAUCAAUAGACGAAGAUGAUGGGCACGAGGAUAGUGAUUCCGAUAAUGGCAUCCAUUUAGAACGACUCAAAGCUACAACAUUACUGCUGAAAAAAGAAACGAACAACUCGAAUCAAGCCAACGGUGAAGUAACAUCUGGGCUAACCUCGGACAAACCAGAACUUCCUUCUUCGGACCUCAAUGAAAAACAGAAAACUAGCGAAUGUUAAUUUGCUUUGUUUAAUUACUUUAUUUUUAUUAAGAACAGAGAUAAUGGUUUAAAAAACUUUUGCCACGCUUUUAUAUAUUUUUAGUCGGGAAAAGUCCAUUGAAUUAUUGUUAGGAUCCUAUGAAGGAUAAACUCUGAAUGCACGUUCUGGUACAAACCCCCCUUUUUGCUUUUUGAAAAAUUUAUUAUGUUCAACUAAAGUAUGCCUAAUAUUUUAAAUGGAAUUUGCAAAAGUUAUCACGUGAGAGUAUUUUGUGGAAAGUGGUGACCAAGGAUGCAAAAUGCCUACCUUUUCUGCGGCUGUAAUUUUUCUGCCUACAUUCUCAUUUCUCUUUCGGCGCUGCUGUCGUUCGCUAGUGCAUGACGCCAAGCGCUGUACGGCAGUCUGUAAGCAAAGCUGUAACAUGACAUAAAAA